AUGUUCAAUCCUUUUAAACCAAAAAACGAGCCAGCAGAGCGCAAAUGUAUAUUAGAACACUCUAUUAACCAAACACUCUACACAAUUGAUGGUGAAACUUUCUUUAAUGAAUUAGAGGAUGCAUCUUCUACUAUUCCUUUGGGAAAUUAUUCUUUCGAUCAAUACAUCGAUCCUUUAAUAAUAGCUCUUGGGCAACUCAUCAAUCCUUUUUCCUCACAACAAUCCUCUCAGCAUCAAUUCUUUUUCAACCAACAACUUUCUCAUACUCCACUACCAACUACAGAUCCACAGAAAGAACAGCAAAUAAUUUCAGAAGCACUAAAUACUAUCAAAACCUAUGUUAAUACUUGGACUCUUAAAAGUUUGAGAAAACACUACUUGCAAAAUUAUGCCACAGUGGAUAAACUAUUAAUAGAGCUGAGAAGGUGUUUUGACAAGAAUAAUGUAACUCUUGAACAACAAAUGAUAAUAUUGUACAUUACGCACAAGUUUGCUAUUGCUACCUGUGCUCCUCAAUUAGUGAUGGAGGUUUUAACUUAUGGAACAUUAAUGUUACCAGAAAAGAAUACAUCUCCAGCUGCUUCAAUAUUCUCCGAAUUCAUACCCACCAACAUUUUAAAAGCAAAACUCCACAAACGAAACACAGGUGCAAUAAUCACAAAAAUUCUUGCGAUCACAUUAGAGUACUACGAAAAAAACUCAACAUUUAAAUUACUAGAUACUUGGAAGGGAAAAUUACUAAUGUAUGAAGAAAUACCUUUCCUUAUUACAAAGGAUUUGAAAAGGCUAUUUGAAACUAUGAGGAGGUUUAUGAUGAGCAGAAAUAAUGGUUCAAAUGGUGUGAAAGAAAAAGUAUCCAAGACAGCCAUGAAAUAUCUUUACAAUUUAUUUGACAGAAACUUACUCAAUUUGAAUUGGAUGAAAUUAUCUGAGGCUAAUGACCAAAUACUGAACUAUAUUACAUCAAAUGGUAUUCCAGAUGAACUGCCCCAUAUGUUAACAUUAGAUUUCCUUAUUGUAAAAGAAGGAGAGGCUGCUUCUAUAAUGAAUUUAAAACGAAUUUUCUCAGAGAGAACUGAUAAGGAAGAAGACAUCAAACACUCCGUGUCUUCAGCUGCUCAGUAUUUUUUACGUAUUAUGCAUUUUUAUCACUGCUGGAUUGAUAGAAACCACGAUGUAAACAAUUUCGUUCGUCAUCAUAACUUGAGUAGAUUUAAUUUCAUCAAAGAUUUCUUUAUUUUGUCAACAGAAAUGGUUCAGAAUUUGAAUUCAAAAAAUUUAUCUUUGGCUUUUAUUGUACAUGAUCUGCGUUAUUUUGAAUGCUUGAAAGUCAUACCACAGGUUCUGGAACGUUAUAGAACUACAUAUUAUAAUGACAUUGAAUCAGACUUAUGGGUUGAAAUGGAGAACUCUACACGUGCUUAUAUGGAAAAAGUUUCAUCAGUGCAUGAGGAUUUGAUUUCGCAUAUGCAACCUGUUCAAAUUAAUAUCGCUUUUGGUUUAUUGAACAGUCCAAUUCAAUUACCAGCAGACUGGAAAUUUAGGUCAAUGAGCCUUCAUUUGGGAAAGGUUAAAAAAAGUAUUCAAGAUAUUGACACCAGCAGCACAAGUGAAUUAUUCGAGAAGAUGAGCAUUUCAGAUUGUUCUGAUUCAAAAGAUAGUUUUUGUUCUAGCUUUCAGGAAGAUCCAUCUACAAUGUUUUCAAGAAUCUUCCCAGAAGACACACGAACUAUUGAGCAUAUUGAUCAAAUUUAUUUUGAAAUGUUUCUACACGACUACUACAGAGAAGAAAAGUAUCCUUGGAUUGAAAAUCUUUGCAAUGAUCAUGGCAAGAGACAAAUCAUUCUCUUUUCAUUGUGCUCUGUUUUGAGGAUUUUAUUCUUGCACUGUAGCCCAACUUCUACAGAUACAUUGCGUAGAAUACAUCAAGAAGUAGAAAACACAAUUUCAUACAAGAAAAAUACUAACGACUACAACUCAGUCAGCCCUAAGGAUUUGAAGAACCUUUUGAAAGAUGUUUUACAACACACAGACCAAUUAAUGCAAAUUUCUACACUUAACGGCUACUACAAAACAAUAGAAGAGGGACAUACAAUAGAGUAUUACGCCCAGGAGAAUGAUGUAUUCGAGGCCAUUUUCCAAAAGAAAAAUCAUUUUACCGAAAUGUUUAGACUUACGAGUUUGGCUCAUUCAUUUUCAAGACAUCUCGAUUAUCUGUUGGAUGAAAAUAUUAGAACAAUUAACGCUCAUGUUUUUUUAGGGUUUCCCCACAGAGACGUUUCGUUGGUGUUCAACUUAGAGUCUUGUGGUAUUGAGGUUUUCCAGAGUAUUAUUUUCAAGCUUUUGAACAUUCAUGCCAGAUAUACAAAUGCUCACACAGAAAACAAGAUUAGAGAGAUAAUUCAAAAAUUGAAUAGCCCAUAUUAUAGAAACAUUGUGAUGAGGUGUGUAAUGGAGGCUGCUGUACGAAUUUAUUUUGAUAGAAUGACUGGUGACCAAGAGAUGUUUAAAAAUAGUAUGACAAGUCUGUCUAAAUCCCAAGACAGCAUGCUAUGGUUUUAUGAAGAUAUUUUAAAUACUGGCCUCAAGGAUUCUAGCAUGACUAGUGCAUUAAUAUCCCAUGCAAUAACAACUUUAAAGAGCUAUUUUACAGAGCCAGGUAGAAGACUAUCUUUUGACAGUAGAUUGAUUAUUCUCUCAAACCCUAGUAUAUUUUCUUCCAAAGAGUGUGCAAAAGUAAUAGCAAGUAGGCCUGAUAUUAUGGAGCUACUACUUCAUCACAAGGUUGAUUAUUCCUCAGAUUCUUUAUUAUAUUACAUGUUCAGAUCUAGUAUCCUCAAGUUGGCAUAUGAGCAUUCAUUGGUUAAUCCAGAUAUUUUAAUUAAUAAUACUGAUUAUAGUACUACAUUCAAGAUGAUUUUGGAACAGGGGCUUCGACAAUUCAACCCAAAUGAUACUCAAGAUUUCAACUCGUACUAUGAUGUCAUUGCAACUUACUUUAGAUCAGCAGCCAAGCAAUCAGCACAAGAAAUUCUAUGGGGUAAUAUUAUUGAAAGUACAGACAAUAUGUUGCUUUACCUUGCAAGAUACUGGAUUCUGCAAAAGCACCCAGAAAUUUUAAUAAGGAAAGAAUUAAGAGAAUUUACACUACCUUUAUCUGAAGUUAUUGUUUACAAAGCUGAUUACUACAGAAGGGAUGUAUUAAGUCCUCAUUUGGGCAGUAUAGUAUUAGAGCUCAUUAGUGACUUGUCGUCAGACAAGAAUCUACCUCUAAAACCUACCACUUGGUUAAUUGGUGCCGUAGAGGGUCUUUCUGAAAAUUCAAAUAUUAAUCAAGAGAUUUUCUUUGAUUUGUUUAAAGCUAGUAUUAACAGAUUGGCUAACAAUGAAACCUAUGUUGAUUUGUUAGUAUUGCUGUGCAGAUUUUUAAUCAAACGCUCAAACACUUGGGAGACAUACCUUGGGCAAGUUGCUCAACAAUUACAAAACUCACAACUUCAACAUGAUUUAGAUAGGUUACGCCAAAAACUAGAAAAUUCAAACAUCAAAAACACAAGUAUUACUCUGCACAAGUAUUGCUUUGAUCUAUUCCAAAUGGUUUGCAUAGCCACAAGGAAAGUUACAUUUUCAGAUGCAGUUGAUCUCUUGAAUCAAAAUAGCCUCUCAUUAUCAUCAUCAAAUUUAUUUGAUAGUAAUGGAGAAACUACAUUUUUCAAGACCUUUAAUAUGUUAAUCCAAAUCCUUAAAUCUAACCUGAAUUCCAGUUCUUCCAUCUCUACCUUCUCCGAAACCUAUUCAAAUGUUCUUAAAUAUCCUUCUUCAGUAGCAAUGAGGAAUUUAAACACCUCUUCCCUGAUGCCAUAUUGUAAAUAUAUACAACUCUUACUUGAAUCUCCACUAGCAUCAUCAAUCAUAAGAAAUACCAACUUUUCCCUUUUCUAUUGUUCCAACUCCAACUCUAAAUUAUUGCUAACUCCAUGCAUUAAGAAUACUAUUCCACUUGGCGAAAAGAAAAAAGCUUUGGUGGCUGAAUUGAACAUUUUUGCUGGUAAAAAUCAAGGAAUCAGUUGCACUUCUGGCUCUCUAUUCUUGUCUAAACCAGUUGUGACCAAGAGAACAGUUCCUUUAAAUUACCAACAAUUCCUAAGUAAUCCUAUCACUGUAUUUAGACAAAACAUUAGCAAUAUGAAGUAUACUCAUACAGAUGACUAUUCCUACAUGUUAGAAGUUGAAGGACUGUUUGAUGAUAACACUAGACACGGUAUAGCGAAUAUUAUUAUUUUCAACCAAGUGGGUUUAAUUGAUCGUUAUCUGCAGUUGAAAGGAUUUCGAAUUUACGUUUCUUCAAUGUUUGAUUUUCCUCAACUAAUUGACAGUUUCCUCGUUCAGAGUCUUCUUUAUCCACUCCGAAGAACACAAUGGAUUGAGCAAUCGAAUAUUGAUCAUGAUCAAUUAAAUAAUUUAAAUAAUUUAAAUAAGAAUGAUGAAAUUCCAAUGAUGGUCAUUCUCUUGCAAAAACUAGGAUCAUCUGCAUCACCAUCACCACGAUCAUCAUUAUCAGUACUACCUGAUGAAGCUGCUGAAUUAUUUAAUUUAUAUCAUGGUUAUACAAUGUUUGCUGUUGGACAUGGAUUGAAAGCCUUGUUGAUGAAAUUCUCGAUGGGUCAUCAGAUGGCAACAAUUAUUACUCAUCCGAUCAUGGUGGGUAUUCAUAGGGUUGGAUGUGAUCUUUCCAAUACUAGAGAAUGGAAAGAAGAAUUGGGAAAGGUUAUUACUUUGAAUGGAAUGUUUGGAGGAUUAUUUAGAGGAAUUAUUCCACAAUUAAUUGCUAAUUAUUUGGUGAAUAUUGUGAAUAGAAGUAAUGUUUUUAAUGGAUUGGUGAUUCCUGGAAUUUCUUAUUAUCCUUUUCUUGGGGAAAUUUUCCCAUUUGUGAAGAGAGUAAUGAUUGGAGUGGCUGCUGGUUUAGUUAGCUAUCCAUUUACAACUUUAUCUUUGAGAAUGCAAAUGAAUCCUGAAGUGGCAAUGGGUGAUAUUAUUUCAGAAAUGACCAAUGAAGGAAUAUCUGGAAUAUAUGCUGGAUUUUCCACUCAUCUUGUUGCUAAUAUUCUCACUGCAGUUUUACACAAAUUCUUGGAUUUGGUUAUUAGAAAACCACUCAAGACACAGAGAUACUAUUAA